ACUCAUGCUGCAGUCUUGAGCCUGUCCUGGUCCUCCUCCUCUCUUCGCUGCCUCCCUCUUGUUGAUCCGGCAGCCGCGUGGAGCUGCUGGCCAUGCCGCUGAAACAUUACCUCCUCUUGCUGGUGGGCUGCCAGGCCUGGGCUCUAGGUUUGGCCUACUAUGGCUGCCCCAGUGAAUGCACCUGUUCCCGGGCCUCCCAGGUGGAGUGCACAGGAGCGAGGAUUGUGGCGAUGCCUACCCCCCUGCCCUGGAAUGCUAUGAGCCUGCAGGUCGUUAACACGCACAUUACUGAGCUCCCUGAGAACCUGUUCCUCAACAUUUCAGCGCUCAUUGCCCUAAAGAUGGAGAAGAAUGAGCUGUCAACCAUCAUGCCGGGUGCCUUCCGCAAUCUGGGCUCUCUGCGCUACCUCAGCCUCGCCAACAACAAACUGAGGAUGCUGCCCAUCAGGGUCUUCCAGGACGUAAACAAUCUGGAGUCCCUUCUGCUCUCCAAUAACCAGCUGGUGCAGAUCCAGCCAGCCCAGUUCUCCCAGUUUAGUAAUCUUAGGGAACUCCAGUUGCAUGGCAACAAUCUGGAAUCCAUUCCCGAAGAAGCCUUCGACCACCUAGUAGGACUCACCAAACUCAACCUGGGCAGGAACAGCUUCACCCACCUAUCGCCUAGGCUCUUUCAGCAUCUGGGCAACCUCCAGGUGCUCCGGCUACACGAGAACAGGCUUUCAGACAUCCCCAUGGGCACGUUCGAUGCACUCGGCAACCUCCAGGAGCUUGCCCUCCAAGAGAACCAGAUUGGCACCCUCUCCCCUGGCUUGUUCCACAAUAACCGUAACCUCCAGAGACUGUAUCUGUCCAACAACCACAUCUCCCAGCUGCCCCCUGGCAUCUUCAUGCAGCUGCCCCAGCUUAACAAGCUCACACUCUUUGGGAAUUCCCUGAGGGAGCUUUCCCCGGGGGUCUUCGGGCCCAUGCCCAACCUGAGGGAGCUUUGGCUCUACAACAACCACAUCACCUCCCUCGCCGACAACACCUUCAGCCACCUGAACCAGCUGCAGGUCCUGAUUCUCAGUCACAACCAGCUCACUUACAUCUCCCCAGGAGCCUUCAAUGGGCUGACGAACCUCCGAGAACUGUCCCUCCACACCAACGCUCUACAGGACCUGGACAGCAACGUCUUCCGAUCGCUGGCCAACCUGCAGAACAUCUCGCUCCAGAGUAACCGCCUCCGACAGCUUCCGGGCAGCAUCUUUGCCAACGUCAACGGCCUCACAACCAUCCAACUGCAGAACAACAAUCUAGAAAACUUGCCUUUGGGCAUCUUUGAUCACUUGGUGAACCUGUGUGAGCUUCGCCUCUACGACAACCCCUGGAGAUGUGACUCAGAUAUCCUCCCACUUCAUAACUGGCUCCUUCUCAACAGAGCCAGGCUGGGGACAGACACUCUUCCAGUGUGUUCCAGUCCCCCCAACGUCCGAGGCCAGUCCCUCGUCAUCAUCAAUAUCAAUUUCCCUGGACCCAGUGUCCAGGGCCCAGAGACCCCUGAAGUACCUAGUUACCCAGAUACGGCCAGCUAUCCCGACACCACAUCUGUUUCCUCUACCACGGAGAUCACCAGCGCCGUCGACGACUACACCGAUCUAACCACCAUUGAAGCCACCGAUGACCGAAAUACGUGGGGCAUGACUGAGGCCCAGAGCGGGCUGGCCAUUGCUGCCAUCGUGAUCGGCAUCAUAGCUUUGGCCUGUUCCCUAGCCGCCUGCAUCUGCUGCUGCUGCUGCAAAAAGAGGAGCCAAGCAGUCCUGAUGCAGAUGAAGGCUCCCAAUGAGUGCUAGGGAGGCAGGCUCGAGCAGGGCUGGGGAAGGGUGAAACCAGAGGAUCUGAGAAUGUCACCGUGCAGCUUCCAAACCUGGGCCCACACAGCCAGGCUCUGGUGGCCCCAGGGGAAAUGUGCCCCCAUCUUGUCCUGUGCCCCUGAGUCUUCUGUAGAGAAGCAGGCAUUUCAGGACCUUCUAUUCCCAAAGGAAUCUAAUUGGUCAUUUUAAAAAAGCAAGACAGACAGACAGACAGACAGGAAGAAUCUAAUUGGUCAUUAAAAAAAAGCAAGCAAGCAAGAAAGACAGACAGACAGAAAGAGAGAGAGAGACAGAAAGAAAGAAAGAAAGAAAGAAAGAAAGAAAGAAAGAGAGAGAGAAAGAGAGAGAGAAAGAAAAAAAGAAAGAAACCAACCCAGGAAUCUCUAGGUCAGUACCUAGGAAACUUUCAGAGGGGCCCUCUCCACAUCCUCACUACUUCCAAGAACAAGUUUCCCUCUGCCCAGCCCCGUCCAGCCUCUGUAGACUUGAUGUCAAGGCCUGCUCACAUGGUGAGAUAGUUCUCUGCUGGCACAAUCAGUGCCUCAAAGUAUUACAUAUGCUGCUUUCUACCCCUUCCCCCUUGCUUCUCUUUUUAUGCCAUGGCUUGACUCUGUCUCUUCAAGCGAGGGAUCUCCCUUUGUUUAUCUGCUGCUGAAGGCAGACUAUGUUCUCUCUCCGAGAAGGUUUGACUCUUUUAGCUCACUGCGCCGGCUUGGAGGGUGCUCUGCAGGACAGAAAGACACCUGUGCCAUCUGAUUCCAGGCGGAAUUGUCAUAGGCAUCUGUUGCACCAAGUUCAGCCUUUUAGAGAAGACUGUUUAACAUCUCAAGCGUUCCUCCAAAGAGCUAACCCUUGAUGGUAUAACAAUCACGCUGAGUGGCUAAGUUCUCAGAACAUGAAAGUCAGCUGGUUGAAACUGGCUGAAGAAUGCAACCUGCUGCCGGGGGUCCUUGCACACCCUGCUGCGCUUGCCUCUUUCUGAUUCCGUAUUGAAGCAUCACACACAUACAGAAAGUGGGAGUGCGGUAGUGGACAGCCCCUGAGCGUUCUCAGUGAUCUCAAUAGAUACCUGGGUGAUUGGCAUGAUACCAAGGAAUGAUAUCGCAGUGCCCCCCACUCCAAGCUUGUCCUGGGGGACUUCUGAGGGUGCUGGAGACUUUCUAGCUUCCCACAGGCUAGUAGAGGAUUCUUACAACCUCCCCUUACCUCUCCAUGGCAAGCCUUUGCCAGGCCCAGCUGUUAGGAGUGAAAGAGAUGUAGGCGCAGUCAGGACAGGAGGCUGCCAUGCUGGCCAGACCAGAAGCGUAUGAACUACCGUGGUUUCCCCAACAGCAAGUCCUGUACUGCUCAUUGGCUGCAUUCUACUGAGCCUUUUAUGGGCAUUAUAGGCCCGUAUCUGUUUCUAAUUUCUGUUCUCCACUCAGGGGAAGCAAAAUAGCUCAGAGAUGAGAUCUUCCAGCUGAACGACCAAAUGAAACGGAAACCAGGAUUCCGUCUAUACUGUGGUCAAUUUUCCUUCAGCAUUAGUCAGCUGUAGCUAGACUACAGUGUGUUUACAGACAGCGGAUAUUGGGGUACGCUGGAAGCUCACAGGGUGUGGGGCUGCUCUGCAGAACCUUCUGCCUGUGGUCUGGUUGUGAGCUGAAUGGUUUAGUUUAGAGUUUUCUCUUUGGGUGACAGUCACAACACAUCCUCCUUGGGUCUCUUUCCUGCUACGCAUGUAUCUAUUUCUGUACAUUAAACAGUUCUGGUAAGACGACACAGCCUUCUCAGGAUGACUGAUACACCUGUGCAGAAGUCAAAGCUUUGAAACAAGUGAACAUGGUGGCUCAUGCCUUUAGCGAGUUCAAGGGUAGCCUGGUCUACAGAGUGAGUUCCAGGAUGGCCAGGGCUAUGUAGAAAGACCCUCCCUCAAAAACAACACAGGGAAGCAGAGAAUUUCAGGUUUCCCCACCAGUGAGGACAGGGAUUUGGAAAUCUAGAUCCAUGGGGUGCACUUCACAAACUCAAAGGCUGGAGAUAAAUGAGGUAAUGCUCACAAGGCAAAUUAGAAAUCCCCCUGGGUCUUGGCAAUGGGGAGCCUACACAAUGUCCAGACUUCCCCUCCAGAUCCCUGACAGAAUACUUCAGAAGGAAUGCUUGCGAGAGCCAGCACGCUCGGUGGCCCAGGGAAGCUGAUGUCGGUCAAAAGACAUCAUCUUUCCAAGGCCAAUCUGGGUCUCCAAAGUGUUUGCAAAGUCGCUAUAGCAACUGGUACGCACCAACCAAGGCUGUCUCCAACCCCAGAGUGAGUGUGGGCUUGCUUCUGCUGACUGUGGCUUGCUGGUAAGUCCUGGGGCGAAGGGAAGGAGCUGAGCCUGCUUUAUUGCAGAUGGAUGUUUGACACAGUACUAUGUUCCCCGGAAAUAGUUGUGACAUAACUCCUUGUGAAUUAUGUCCAGCCUCAGUGGGCUAGGGAUAGAGAGAGGUAGAAUCCAGUCAAUCAUAACCCGGAAACACUGGUCGCUUCUGACAUCGGCUAUGACAGUGGCAUACCUCACUGGCUCAAAGGCUGGUCUAAGGACAGCUGUCUUCUACCGGCUUCCCCAGGAGCAGAAAGCAAAGUAGACAGUUCCUCCAAAUCACAUCUUCUAGUUAGGGAAAGAGUUGCCAGAAACACUGGGUGGAGGGUCCUUUCCAGUAGGGUAAUCCAUUUUGCUCAGUUCUUGGGCUGGAAUGAGCUCUGUGGUCCCUCGAAGUCUGUGAGGGUGCAGAGUUCAACCCACUUAGCCCAUCUGUUCACUGUUUUCCGGACUACCACCCCAGCCUUUGUGCAGAUCGGGGAGAACAGUUGAUUCUGGAAGGCUAAUAAAGGCCAACUAGAACCAGCUUGUUAACAGAUAGAUGUUUGGAGGACUGGGUGUCCUUCAAAGCUCCUGAUGUGCAUUCUCCUAACCCUCUCGGCACCUUGCAAAAUUAGUUCCACCAUUAGCUUUUGUGUUGGGGUCUUUUCUGCGCAGUGCCCAGCAGACAAUCCCUGUAGAAACUUCAUGGGCUGUCUAGGGCUUUCGUCGGGAGACUGUAGGAGACAGCUACAGCUGGGGACUUGGAGCUUCUCACUCACAGCUGUACAGUUCCUGCAGGCAUCAAGAUGGCGGAAUGGAACUGUGGAAGCCAGUUCCAGCCUUGGGAGAGCAUGAACAGGCUAAUAACCUGAGUCAGGAAGCAGGCCUUGCAUGUGUCCCAGACUUAACUACUCAAAGAUUCGGCCCUGGACUCAGUGCUCAGAACCAGAUCUGGCCGUAGAAGAGAAUCUGACUGUUGAUGAUCUCAGGAGGGAAGCCAUUACUGUUGUUCGACAGAGUGUAGGUAACAGUUCCGUAGCAGGUAACUUCCACGUGGAGCCUCACCCAGUCAGGGCCCUUCUCCUAAAGAGAGAGCGUUCUUGCCUCCCAUUGCCUUCACUCUGCUUCUACAACAAUCAUGCUUGCCUUACUACUCGGUCUUUGCAAAUAGUCCCAGUUGCUUGGUAGUGCACUUAGAGAUUUCUAGGCUCCCGGGGUUUUAUAGAAUGUGAGCCCUGGUGGGCAGGGUUGGGGAAAUCUGUCCUUUGCUAGAUGCCGCUUGUAACAGACUUGGUGUCCAGGAUCAAUAAUAAACGGUGUACGGAGG